AUGUCAGCAGUAAAAGGAGGCGAGAAGAGAAAGUCGUGGUCUGCUGAGAAGGCGGUCCCCAAGAAUGGCGCACAAAAGAAACGGCGACUCGACAGCAAUUAUUCCAAGCCUCCGUCCGAGAGCAAGACUCCCCAGAACGAUGACAAGAAACAGCAUCAGAACGGGUCAGGCUCGGGUGACAAUGCCAACGAAUCAAACGGCCUGAGCUCCAAGGAGUCUCACGCAAAGCAGAAGCAAUUGGCACUGGAGCGACGGGCGGCAAAGCCACUGGCAGACGAGCUGGCACGGGCCAAGAAGCUGUGGGAGCGGUUGCGGCGUAAGUCGCACGUUCCCAAGGAGGAGCGACGGGCGCUGGUGGACGAGCUCUUCGGCAUCACGACGGGCCGGGUCCGUGACUUUGUGCUCAAGCACGACGCAGUGCGGGCGGUGCAGACAGCGGUCAAGUACUCGACACACGAGCAGCGCAAGGUGAUUGCGGAGGAGCUGCGCGGGACGUACGCACAGCUGGCUGAGAGCAAGUACGCCAAGUUCCUGAUCGGCAAGCUGCUCGUGCAGAACGACGAGGGCGUGCGCGACAUGAUCAUCUCGGAAUUCUACGGCAAGGUGCGACGGCUGAUCAACCAUGCGGAGGCGUCGUGGAUUCUGGACGACGUGUACCGCGGCAUUGCAUCGAAGCGGCAGAAGGCGCUGCUGCUGCGCGAGUGGUACGGGGCCGAGUUUGCCCUGGCCAAUGCGGCGCCGACGGGCGACAUCACGGCUGAGCUGUCGGAGAUCCUGGCCAAUGACCCCAGCAAGCGUGGGGUGAUCCUGAAGAACCUGCAGUUUAUGAUCAACACGCUGGUGCAGAAGAACCUGACCGGCUUCACGAUGCUGCACGACGCCAUGCUUCAGUACUUUGUCAACGUGCCGGCCGGGUCGGAGGACCACAAGGAGUUCAUGGAGAUGGUCAAGGGCGACGAGAGCGGCGACCUGCUCAAGAACAUGGCCUUUACCAAGUCGGGGGCGCGGCUGGUCUGCCUGCUGCUGGCCCACGGCAGUGCCAAGGACCGCAAGCUGCUUCUGCGCACGUACAAGGAUACGUUCCAGCUUCUGUGCGGUGACACGCACGGCCACACGAUCAUCCUGGCGGCAUACGACCUCAUCGACGACACGGUACUGACCAGCAAGGCCAUUGUGCCCGAGAUCCUCGGCAAGAAUGAGGAGAAGGGCGUGGAGAACAUCAUCUUCUGUGCCAACGACCUCAACGCGCGCACCACGAUCCUGUACCUGUUCGAGGGCGCGUCCAAGGCGCUGUUCCCGGCCAGCCACGCUGCCGAUCUAGCCAUUCUCGAUGAGAUCCACGCUAUCCGUGCGACCACGAGCAAGAAGGACCCCGAGAUCCGUCGCCGCGAGCUCGUUGCCGCCAUGUCGCCGCAGCUGCUGGCGGCCAUUGCGGCCUCACCCCGCGAUCUCGUGGCCUCGUCGUUUGGCUGCCAGCUGGUGACGGACGUGCUUCUGUUUGCUGUGGGCGACAAGGCGCCGGCGCUGGCGGCCAUCGCGCAGACGGCAGCUGGACCGACGAGCGGUGAGGAGGCCGAGGGCGGCGAGUUUGCGCCGUCAGGAGCUCUGCACGUGUCGCAGUCGCUCUUCGGCACCCGCAUGCUCAAGACGCUCGUGGCCGGUGGCCGGUUCGACCGCGAGACCGGCCAGGUCAAGCCCGUCGACCCGCCGCUGGGCUUCGCCAACAUACUGUAUCCCCAGAUCCAGGAACAUGCGAUAGAAUGGGCCACAGGCUCGGCCAGCUCGUUUGUCGUCGUGGCGCUACUCGAGGCCACCGACCUGGACAAGGCACACGCUACCGAGCUGCGCAAGCUGCUCUCCAAGAAGGAGAACCGCAAGGCGCUGGAGAAGGCGGCCACGGAAGAGACGGCCGAGCAGAAGGCAAAGCGGGAAGCGGUCGCAUCAGCGGCCGCGGCAGAGGCUGCCGCCAAGACAGAGACCGACGACAAGACGGACAAGAAGGACAAAAAAGACAAGAAGGGAAAGAAGGGCAAGCAAGCAGCAGCAGCUGCUGCAUCGGACCGGCCGGUGGGCAAUGCCGGAGCGCGACUGCUGCUGGAGAAGCUGGCAUGA